AUGUCGAUGGCGGAGAUGUCAACGGCGAAAAUCAAUAUGAAUAUGGAUAAUGGUCAAAAGCAACGAUCUGGACGCGAGUUUGAUGGUGGGUAUGAUGGGUAUGCGGUGGUGGGGAAGAGAGAGAGAGGGGAGCUUGUGGAGAGGGAUAUGGAGGAUCGCAAGGGUAGAUAUGAUGGGAAGGGAUGGAUUGAUUGGGAGAGAUGGAGUAUUAGUAUUGUUUUCGUCCUCUUCAAUACAUUCAUCGCCCUCCCCCUCGCCUACCUUAUCGCCAAAUACGCAAUCCCUAUCCCAUGGCGCUGGCUAGGUUUUAUUCUCUGUCAUCACAUAAUGCUAGCAUGGGGAUACGAAAUUUCAAUGGAUGUCAGGGAUGGAAUCAUUGGAGAACUUGCUGAAGAGACAGAAGUACAGAAAUGGGAUGAGGUUGUGAGGAGAUUGCGGGUGUUAUUGGAGAGAUGUAGGAAGGAUAGGGAGAUGCAGGAUCCAGGCCAUGAGCAAAUCCAAGGUCAAAACUCGAGUGCCUCGGAUGGCGUACAGGUGAUGGAUUACGUUACGAGAAAUAAAAUGUAUGCGAAAAUAAGGGCGAUGGAGGAGGCGGAGAGGAUGGGGAUGAAGGUUGAUAAAAAGCUUUUGAGGGCGUUGAGGAGGGAAAAAUUAGAGUUGGAACAUGUGGCGGUUGUGCGUGGUAAAGAAGAAGAAGAAGAAGAAGAAGAAGAAACAGAAGAAGAUGAAGAAGAUGAAGAAGAUGAAGAAGAUGAAGAAGAUAUACAACUAUCUCACAAUCUCUAUUCUAUUCUAAAUCCGAACUCUGAUUUUCCUCCAAUCAUCUAA